AUGGUAACGUUCAACCUCACUCCUUCUGUCUCUUCAACAUUCAUCCUCAAUGGCAUCCCUGGACUCGAAGCUUCCCACAUCUGGAUUUCCAUCCCUUUUUCUAUCAUCUACUUUGUCAGCCUCCUUGGAAAUUUCACACUUCUGUUUGUGGUAGGCAAAGAGCAGACCCUGCACAAGCCAAUGUACCUGCUGCUCUGCAUGCUGGCGCUCACAGACAUCAGUAUGUCCACCUCCGUUGUGCCUAAAGUACUGUGUAUAUUUUGGUUCAACUGGAAAGACAUUACGGUGGGUGGCUGCCUCACCCAGACGUUCUUCCUUCAUUCAGUUUCUGUGAUGCAGUCAGCCAUUCUUGUGACAAUGGCCUUCGAUCGCUACGUUGCCAUAUGUAACCCCCUGAGAUACACCACAAUCCUCAGCAACGCACGGUUAGCUAAGCUAGGGCUAGUGUGUUUGAUAAGAGCUGUUCUCUUCAUUCUGCCUCUGCCCCUGUUCCUGAAGAGGCUGCCAUUCUGUGCCAAGCGAAUUAUCUCAAACACUUUCUGCGACCACAUAGCUGUGGCAAAGCUAUCAUGUGGGGACAUCACAGUGAACAGCAUGUAUGCCUUGGUGAUAGCGUGUCUAGUCAUUGGGUUAGAUCUGAUGCUCAUUGUCCUGUCCUACGCUCUGAUCAUCAGGGCUGUCCUCAGAAUCUCCUCCAAAAAAGCCCACCAGAAAGCCCUCAACACCUGCACAUCCCACUUGUGUGUGAUGCUAAUAUUUUAUAUUCCCUGCCUAUUCUCCACACUUGCACAUCGAUUUGGCCAGGGCAUUGCUCCCCAUGUUCACAUCAUCAUGGCCAACCUGUAUUUUCUCAUCCCCCCCAUGCUCAACCCAAUCAUCUAUGGGGUCAAAACCAAAGAGCUUCGGGAGAAAGUGCAAAUAUACACCUGUCAAAUGUGCUCUCCUGUGGCCACUGAAUUUAAGUCUGCGUGA